GAGAGGCAAGUGCACUGUACAGCUGCAACACAGAGAGAGAGAGACACACAGGGGAGGAGAGGAAAAGAACCCAGUUGGAGGAGCUGGGGGACAAGUAGAAGAAGAAGAUACACUUGUCCUUUUCCCCUCUCUUUAUCUCUGUGAGAUUCCUCUCUGGGUUCAAGUGGCGAUUGUUCAGCUCCAGCUGAACUUCACCCACAUCCUCCUGCUGCCCACUUUCACAAACAAGCAGAGAAGUGUUGGUGUGGCGACAGGAGGAGGGAAUCGGGUCCAGAUCAACCUGGAGAGCCGUGGAGGACAGCAGGAUGCCAGCGAGGAGAAGAAAGGAUGGAGCCGGGUCGGCGGCGGGUCUGUGGACGAUGCUGGCGUGGGCGGUCCUGGUGGGUCCAGGAGGCGCUGAAGGGUGUCCGGCUCCCUGCAGCUGCCUGGGGAACACGGUGGACUGCCACGGCCGGGGAAUCCACUCUGUCCCCAAAAACAUUCCCAGAGCGACUGAGAGGCUCGAUCUGAACGAGAACAACCUGACGGUCAUAACCAAGACAGAUUUCUCUGGUCUUAAACACCUCAGAGUUCUUCACCUGAUGGAGAACAAGAUCAGUAGCAUUGAAAGAGGAGCCUUUGAUGAGCUGAAGGAGCUGGAAAGACUGCGUCUUAACAGAAAUCGUCUCAGCCAGCUUCCAGAGCUGCUCUUUCAGAAGAACGAAGCUCUGUCUCGACUGGAUUUGAGUGAAAAUGCCAUCCAGGCCAUCCCAAGGCGAGCGUUCAGAGGAGCCACAGACAUCAAAAACCUUCAGCUGGAUAAAAACCACAUCACCUGUAUUGAGGAGGGAGCGUUCAGAGCUCUGAGAUCCUUGGAAGUGCUCACACUGAACAACAACAACAUCAGCAGCAUCCCAGUUUCCAGUUUCAACCACAUGCCGAAACUGCGAACCUUCCGGCUCCACUCUAACGCUCUGCGCUGUGAUUGUCACCUGGCCUGGCUGUCGCCAUGGCUACGGCAGCGGUCUGCGCUGGGCCUCUACACGCAGUGCAGUUCCCCUCCGGCUCUGCGGGGGCUCAACCUCGCAGAGCUGCGCAAGAGUGACUUCGCCUGCUCAGGCCACAGCGGCAGCGCCUUCGUUCAGCCGUGCAGUUUGGCGUCCGGUUCUUGUCCUCCGAUGUGUUCCUGUAGCAACAACAUUGUGAACUGCAGAGGAAGGGGCCUCACUGCCAUACCUGCCCACCUGCCGGAGGCCAUGACAGAGAUUCGUCUGGAGCAGAAUGGCAUCAAGUCAGUUCCUCCUGGUGCGUUCACUUCCUACAAGAAGCUCCACCGCAUAGACCUGAGCAACAAUCAGAUAUCUGAGAUUGCUCCUGAUGCAUUUCACGGCCUUCGGGCGCUCAAUUCGCUCGUUUUGUAUGGGAAUAAAAUCACUGAGCUGCCCAGCGGAGUAUUUGAUGGCUUGGUUUCUCUGGAGCUGCUAUUGCUGAAUGCAAAUAAAAUCCACUGUAUACGUGCCGCAGCAUUCAAAGACCUGGAAAACCUGGCUCUUCUUUCUCUGUACGACAAUAAGAUCCAAAGUCUGGCUAUGGGAACCUUUAGCUCGCUGCACAGCAUCCAGACACUCCACCUGGCCCAGAACCCGUUCGUUUGUGACUGUCAUGUGAAGUGGCUGGCGGACUUCCUGGGUUCAAACCCCAUCGAGACCAGCGGGGCUCGCUGCGCCAGCCCUCGUCGGCUCGCCAACAAGCGCAUCGCUCAGAUCAAGAGCCACAAGUUCAGAUGCUCCGCCAAGGAGCAGUACCACAUCCCAGGCACUGAAGACCGACGUCUGAGCUAUGAGUGUAACAGUAAGCCUGUAUGUCCGGCUAAAUGUCGCUGUGAGGCCAAUGUGGUGGACUGCUCCAAUCUGCGCCUCACCAAGUUCCCAGAGCACCUGCCGCCCUCCACCGAAGAGCUGCGUCUUAACAACAAUGACCUGUCCAUGCUAGAGGCCACCGGCGCCUUCAAGGGUCUUUCUCAUCUAAAGAAAAUUAACCUGAGCAACAACAAGAUUUUAGAGAUUGAGGACGGUGCGUUUGAGGGCGCCUCGUCAGUGGGGGAACUUCACCUCACAGCCAACCACCUGGAGUCUGUGCGAGGGAGCAUGUUUAAAGGCAUGGAGGGUCUGCGCAUGCUGAUGCUGAGGAACAACAGGAUCAGCUGCAUCCAUAACAGCAGCUUCACAGGGCUGACCAACGUCAGGCUGCUCUCCCUCUACGACAACCAGCUCACCACCAUCCUGCCUGGAGCCUUCGACACUCUGCCCAACCUCUCCACUCUAAACCUGCUGGCCAACCCCUUCAACUGCGACUGCCACCUGUCCUGGUUCGGAGCGUGGCUCCGGAGCCGCCGGAUCGUGACGGGGAACCCUCGGUGCCAGAGCCCGGCUUUUCUGCGAGGCAUUCCUCUGCAGGACGUAGCGGCCCCUGAUUUCCGCUGCGAGGAUGGUUCUGUGCUGGAGGACAGGAGCUGCAUAGCGGGGCCCCAGUGUCCCAGUCAGUGUUCCUGUAUGGACACAGUGGUUCGCUGCAGCAACAAACACCUGCAGGCUCUGCCCAGGGGAUUACCACGUAACAUCACCGAACUGUACCUGGAUGGAAACCAGUUCACCAGCGUUCCUAAAGAGUUAGCCACCUUCAAGUACCUGCAGCUAGUAGAUCUGAGCAACAAUAAAAUCAACUCGCUGUCCAACGACUCCUUCUCAAAUAUGAGCCAACUCACAACUCUGAUCCUCAGCUACAACUCGUUACGAUGUAUCCCUCCUCUAGCUCUGGCCGGCCUGCGCUCCCUUAGACUGCUCUCUCUCCAUGGCAACGACAUCUCUGAGCUGCAGCAGGGAAUCUUCAGUGACCUGGCCUCCCUGUCUCACCUAGCAAUUGGAGCCAACCCUCUGUACUGUGACUGCCGGCUGCUCUGGCUGUCAGACUGGGUGAAGAGCGGCUAUAAGGAGCCGGGCAUCGCGCGCUGCGCCGGACCCCAGGGCCUGGAGGGCAAACUGCUGCUCACCACACCUGCUGACAAGUUCCAGUGUCUGGGUCCAGUGGACAUUUCUGUUCAGGCCAAAUGCACUCCAUGCGUUUCCUCCCCUUGCCAGAACCAGGGAACCUGCCAAAUCCACCAAACCCAGCAGUACACCUGCGCCUGCAAGUCGGGUUUUACGGGUAAACACUGCGAGACUCCAAUCGAUGCUUGUGUCAGCAACCCCUGCACCAAUGGAGGAAGCUGCCUGAGAGACGAGCAGACAGGAGGCUUCAGCUGUGCGUGUGCAUUCGGUUUCCAUGGCACAUUUUGCGAGGUCAACAUGGAUGACUGCGAGGAUCACGGAUGUGACAAUGGCGCCACCUGUGUCGAUGGAGUUGGCAACUACACCUGCUUGUGUCCUCCUAACUACAGAGGUCUGCUUUGUGAAGAGGAGGAUGAUGUUUGUUCUCCAGGUAGAAAUCCUUGUCAGCAUCAGUCCACCUGCAUCAGCAGUCCUACAGGCCCCAGGUGUGUGUGUAUCCCUGGCUGGGUGGGACCAGACUGCGGCAUCGACUACAACGAGUGCGCAGAUCACCGCUGUCAGAACUCAGCUCAGUGCGUCGACCAUCUGGACGGUUACAGCUGCGACUGCCUGCGGGGAUUCAGUGGCGAGUUUUGUGAGGUGACAGAUCUUCAGCAGACACCCUGCCAGAUGGCCAAGUGUCAGAAUGGCGCUCCCUGUAACGACAAGUUGGGGACCGCAAUCUGUCAGUGUCCGCCCGGCUUUGAGGGCCAGAGUUGCGAGAAGCUGGUCAGCGUCAAUUUCGUGGACAGAGAUUCUUACGUCGAACUUCAGGAUGUGAAAAACUGGCCUCAGUCCAACAUCACAUUGCAGGUGUCAACUGCGGAAGAUAACGGCAUCUUGCUGUAUAAUGGUGAUCAUGAGCCGAUUGCUGUAGAGCUCCAUCAGGGUCACGUAAGGGUCACCUAUGACCCUGGGAACCAACCUGCCACCGCUAUUUACAGCUCUGAGACGGUAAACGAUGGUAAUUUCCACACGGUUGAGCUGGUGACCUUUAAUCAGAUGGUGAACCUGUCUGUGGAUGGAGGAGAGCCAACGACUCUGGACAGCCAAGGCCGCGGCCAGCCGCUGACUAGAGAGACGCCUCUUUACGUGGGAGGUAUGCCCGAGGAGGUUAUACCGACUUCUCGGGGCCUCUCCUCUCAGAGCCUCAACACGUCCAGUUUCCACGGCUGCAUCAGGAACCUCUACAUAAACCACGAGCUGCAGGACUUUACCCGCAGCCAAAUGAAGCCAGGGGUUGUACCGGGCUGCCAACCCUGCCGCAGACUUUACUGCCUGCAUGGCAUAUGCCAACCCAACAGUGCACAGGGCCCCCAGUGCCACUGCCAGCCAGGUUGGACAGGUCAACACUGUGACCAGCCAAUCACUGUAGGCCUUAGUGGAGGGGACGUCGUCACCAUGGCGAAUGGUAUCAACCCAUGUGAGGGAAACAAGUGUGUGAAGGGCGUCUGCAUGGUGCUGGAUGCUCAAACCUACCGCUGUGAAUGUGAGAAGGGAUUCAGAGGAGCGCUGUGCAACCUCCAGGAGGAGCCCGCCGGCUCGUGCCAGAGGCUGCAGUGUCUUCACGGCCGGUGUCAAAAGACGGAGGAUGGAGAGAGCUGUGUGUGCGAGCAGGGAUACACUGGAGAGAGCUGCGAUACAGAGACCCCAUGUCGAGGUGAGCCGGUCAGAGACUACCACCGGCUGCAGCACGGCUCCGUUCUCUGCCAGACAUCAAAACCGUUCUCCUGGGUCGACUGUCGGGGUCACUGCCGGGCUGAAGCCGAGCGGGGAGCCGCCGCCGUUUCCUGCUGCGCCCCUCUGAGGGUCCGGCGGCGGCGGAUCACCUUCGAAUGCGAUGAUGGGACGUCGUUUACGCAGGAUGUGGAGAAGCCUGUGGAAUGUGGCUGCAAGAAAUGUGUGUAACGCUGAGGAAGGGAAGAUGAACGAUAUCCCACAGGUAGACCGCUUGAAACCCAGAACCCAACGCCAGCAGGUAGACCGCUUGAAACCCAGAACCCAAUGCCAGCAGGUAGACCGUGUUAAACCCAGAACCCAACGCCAGCAGGUAGACCGUAUCAAACCCAGAACCCAAUGCC